GCCGAGUUGAAGCUCAAACCCACCUCUCGCAGACCGUGACGCCAACUGAAUCGCCGAGCCUCCCUUUGCUUCCCGCACCACCCGCCGAGAGGAUCGCCGCCAUGGCUACCGAAGAUGAGCGGUACCGUCAGUCGUCGCAGUACCAGCUGUGGUCUUUCUCGCCCGCCCAGCUGGCCGAGAUGCGAGAGAAGACCAACGCGGCGGCUCGCGCGCGAAUCGCCGAACGCCUAUCUUCGCUCCCUGCCCACUCCAACAGCACUUCUACCCCGGCCUCGAGCGUGAACACUCCCGAUCCCGAUGGCACGCCCGCCCCGGCGCUCCCCGAGUUUCUCACCGCCGCAGAAGAAGCACAGCUGGUAACCUUCUUUACCUCGGAGCUGUUGCGGGCGGGCGACCAUGCCGAGAUGUCGGACGAGAUCAAGGCGACCGCGGCCGCCUUCUUCCGGAGAUUCUACGUUACAAAUAGCAUAAUGACAUACCCACCCCAGGAGAUGUUGAUAGUGGCCUUGUUCUUUGGCUGCAAAGCCGAGGGGUCCUUCGUGAGCAUCUCAGAUUUUGUCAAGACGUUUGGGAAAGAUAACCCAGAAGAAGUCCUGGCGGGCGAGUUCCUACUCUGCCAAGGCCUUCGGUUCGCCAUCGACGUGAAGCACCCCUUCCGCGCCCUGCGCGGGGCCUUGAUGGAGCUCGCCGCUCUCCCCGACAUUGACCGAGCCCGCCUGGGUGCGGCAGAGACCCGUGCUCGCGAAAUCCUGCGCUUCAGCCCCCUCAUCACGGACGCCUACUUCCACUACACCCCCAGCCAGAUCAUGCUUGCCGCGCUCUCCCUCGCAGACCGCGGCCUCGCCGAGCGCCUCAUAACAAAGACCUUUCACCACGUCUCCCCGCCCCCCGACUCCGGCGCCGACACGCCUUCUGCUUCCGGGACCGACUCCGGGGGCGCCGCCGCCCCUUCCAAGACGCCUGCCGUCCGCCCCGGCGAAGACAAAGCGCAAAUCAUCGGCUCCCACCUCCGCGAUAAAGUCCUCGGAACCAUCGAAGCCUGCCGGGAAAUGCUGGCGAAGGAGCUUCCCGAGAGGAGGGAACACUGGACAAAUAAAGCCGUGAUCAAGGCGCAGAUCACCCCUCUCCGCAAGAAGCUCAACAAGUGUCGCGACCCGGAGCGCUGGAACUUGAUCGAGCUGCAGCGGACGCGGCGCCAGCAGGCCUCAAAGAAGGCCGACUCCGAAGACGAUGAUCCCGAUGACCGCAAAGACGGUGGCAACACGUUGCAGAGCGACGCGGCCGUGUUUGGGGAGCCGCUGGCUGCCUCGCGGGAUAAUAAGCGGAGGAAGGUCCAAGGGAACGGGACAGGGCUGGAUGAUCCUUUCGGAGGCCCUUUGUGACGCUUCCCCCCCGUUGAUAUUCCGGACAGCAUACUGGGAAGAUGGCAUAUGGGUCACGGCGUUCUUGUGGAGCAUUGGGGUGCUUGUUUAUACUAAAAGGUAUGGCGUUCUUGCGAGAGAAAUCCGGGAAUUCGAAUCAGAAACAUUCAUGAGAGGGAAGCAUUCUGGGCGCCAAAGGCCUGGACU